AUCAGUCUACCUUCCCCAGCACCUCGGUUGGUCCAAAGCUUACAGCCACUGCCCACCUGCCUACUUGCUAGGGCCUCCCUGUGGCAGCCAUGAAGUCCUUCAUUCUGCUCCUGUGUCUCGCUCAGCUCUGGGGCUGCCGCUCGGCGCCCCCUGGCGUCAUCCCGGCCUUCAGGGAACUGAACUGUGAUGACCCAGAAACCGAGCAAGUAGCCCAGGUGGCGGUGGACUACAUCAAUGCACACCUUCAACGGGGAUACAAACAUACCCUCAACCAGAUCGACAAAGUGAAGGUGUGGCCUCGGCGGCCCAGUGGAGAGGUGUUUGAGCUCGAAAUCGACACGCUGGAAACCUACUGCCACGCCCUGGACCCCACCCCGCUGGCCAACUGCUCCGUGCGGCCGCUGACUGAGCACGCGGUGGAAGGAGACUGCGAUUUCCGGGUGCUGAAGCAGGAAGACGGCCAGUUUGUCGUGCUGUUCGCCAAGUGUGACUCCAGCCCAGACUCAGCGGAGGAUGUGCGCAAAGUGUGCCCGGACUGCCCCUUGCUGGCCCCGCUGAACGACACCAAGGUGGUGCAUGCUGCAGAGGCUGCCGUGUCGGCCAUCAACGCGCAGAGCAACGGCGCCUACGUUCAGCUGGUGGAAGUGUCCCGGGCCCAAUUUGUGCCUUUGCCAGCUUCAACCUACGUGGAGUUUGUCGUGGCAGCCACCGACUGUGUUGCUAAAGAUGUCACCGACCCAGCCACGUGCAACCUGCUAGCAGAAAAGCAAUAUGGCUUCUGUAAGGCAUCGCUCACUGAGAAGGUUGGUGGAGAAGAUGUUUCUGUGACCUGCACAAUGUUCAAAAAACAGCCUGCAGUUCCGCAACCCCAACCAGAUGGCGCCCACCCAUCACCUCCUAUCGCUUCAGUGGACCCAGCUGUGCCGGCACUUGCAGCUGCUGCACCUGCAGACCCACCGGCAGCUAUUAUAGUGGGAGAACCCUUGGUAGUGGCAGCUCCCCAAGUGCCCGCACUGAACCGGGCACACUAUGACCUGCGCCAAGCCUUCUCAGGCAUGGCCUCAGUGGAGUCUGGCUCAGGAGAAGCAUUCAAAAAGCAACUUGUGGUGUUGGGACCUGGGCCUGCUAUUCCAAGUGCCCGUCCAUGCCCAGGAAGAAUCAGACACUUCAAGGUCUAGGAUGGACGCAACAGAGGUCAGGAGGGCUGGCACAGAGAAUAGAGACAAAGCUAGCCUUGGGUGGGAGGUUUGUUGGCUGUUAAAGCAAAUGCCACAUGUGGUCAGGAUGCAUAUCAUGUCCUGAGCCCCACGUUCUCCUGGUUUCUCAGAAGACAGAAGCAGGGGUGUGUUGGUUAUGUUUGACAGAAGGGAUAGGCCAGCAACUUGCCUGUCAUUGUUGUGAUGCUAGAGCCCCACCCUUGUGUCCUCUGCCUUCUGAUGGACCUCAAAAAUCAACAUAAACCAUUGAAACUGUGACUUUGAAAGGUGCUCUUGCCAAGCUUCUCGGCCUCUUAAAAAAAAGUGUCUGAAGGGGUUUCCUUAAUAAAGAAGGCUCUAAACUGAAA